GCAUUGUUUCUCUUUGCAUUUGAAAUACUCUUUCAGCAGUAAGUACUUCAUACAAUUUUCAAGUAAAAUAGAGCAUAUAGCUUCCCCUUGGUCUUAUUUGUGAUGAAUCUUUUUCUAUCAUUCUCACUCUCUUGUAAUGACUAGUUCAAUAAUAAAAGAACAUGAAUGGCGUGAAUUGAUGAAGUCAAAUUUGCCCUUUUUAUGUAUGAGUUGUCUCAUGUAUGGGGGGAGAGAGAGAGAGAGAGAGAGGAUUCAGUGAAAUUUGAUCCAAAUUCUUUUAAAAUUCACAGAUACGUAUGCAAAGAGAUGAAAAAUUUUCAAUUUCUUGAUAUGCGGUAGGUUCCUCUCCGUGUUAAUGCUCGUAGAUAGCAGCCAAUUCUAAAGGUAUCUGAUAUAUGCUCUUACUUACGAUGUUAAUUUUUCACUGUGUUCUGCUUUUCAUUCAUCCCAAAUGAAAAGGAUGUUGAAAAGAAUUACAGUGGUUUUGUUGAUUGGGCUGCUGGCAUGGGCAUAUCAAGCCACCUACCCUCCGCCUCCCAGCAUUUGUGGCUCCCCAGGCGGCCCUCUGGUAACAGCACCUAGAAUAAAGCUCAGGGAUGGAAGGCAUCUGGCCUACAAGGAGCAUGGAGUGUCAAAAGAAGUUGCCAAAUAUAAGAUUAUCUUUAUUCAUGGCUUCGGCUCUACUAGACAUGAUACAGUGAUUACAGCAAACCUCCCUCCGGAAUUUAUAGAAGGACUGGGACUCUACAUUGUGUCUUUUGACAGACCAGGCUAUGGAGAAAGUGAUCCAGAUCCAAAAAGAUCAGUGAAAAGUUUGGCUUUAGAUAUAGCAGAGCUAGCCGAUCAGUUGGGAUUUGGAUCCAAAUUUUAUGUAAUUGGGCAGUCUAUGGGCGGCCAGGCGGUUUGGGGCUGCCUCAAGUACAUUCCUCAUAGGCUAGCAGGAGCAACAUUGUUGGCUCCGGUUGUGAACUACUGGUGGCAAGGCUUUCCUUCCAACUUGUCUACAGAGGCUUACAACAAACAACCACCUCAGGACCAGUGGACCCUUCGAGUUGCUCACUACAUACCAUGGCUAACCUACUGGUGGAACACUCAGCAGUGGUUCCCUGCAUCCAGUGUCGCAUCCGGCAAACUUGAUAUAUUUUCUCGCCAAGAUCUAGAAAUACUUUCCAAGUUUGCUGGGAGGGAGAAUCCGCACAAGGCACAGGUCAAGCAACAAGGAGAAUUUGAGUCCAUCCAUCGUGACAUGAUGAUUGGAUUUGGGAGUUGGGAGUUCAGUCCUGUGGAUCUCGAAAACCCUUUUCCAAAUAAUGAAGGCUCAAUUCAUCUAUGGCACGGCGAUGAAGAUGCUCUUGUGCCAGUCACUCUGCAACGCUAUAUUGCUAAAAAACUUCCAUGGAUUCAAUACCAUGAGUUACCUGGUGCUGGACACCUAUUUCCAGUUGCUAUAGGAGUGAGCGAAGCUAUUAUUGAGGCGCUUCUGUUGGGUCAGAAGUAGCCUCAACAACUCUUUUUCUUUUUUUUUUCUUCUUCUUCUUUUUCCGACCCCUCUUGCUUUUAAUUUAUUUUCCAUUUUAUGUCUUAUGACACCAUGUGGCUCUUCAUAUCAAA